UCCUUCACCACUUCACACUUGACACGUCUUCUUCCUCCAAUGACUGUUCUCUCACUCACACUCGCAGCAUCACCUUUCUUCUACGCGCUUCCCUCUACCGCGUCCAAAACACGCGCCUCACCUCCACUAAUCACUACCGCCUCUUUCUCUCUUUCCCGAAGACCGGAGCUUAACCAGGAUCGCCGGCGAUCAAUCAAAGCCAUGUCCCGUGACAUCCGCAGUCCCGAUCCGCCGGAGGUGAUGGAACUGGCAGACGAAUCUGAUUUCGAGAAGCUUCUCUCGUCGUCGGAGAAUCGUAUCUCCAUCACUGGCUUCGGCUCUCUUCUCUCAGAGAGAAGCGCGAGGAGCACUUUCCCGGAUUUGGAGAAUUUCAGAGUCGCGAAACUGCAAGGCUUCCGGCGAGUAUUCGCCCACGCCGCUCCCAUCUUCUUCGAGCGCGGCAUCGCCAAUCUCGAAACUAAGGAGUUCUCAAGCUUGAGUGUUGAGCCAUGUGAAGGAGAGAGCCUUGUGGUUAGUGUCUUUGAGAUUAAUCAAUCUGAGAUUCCUGCUUUUAUACAAAGGGAGCUUGAGUUCCGUUUUCUUGCUGUUGUUCCUGAAACAUUGCAAGGCAAACCUUUCACCCAUUCUGCGGUACUUUGUGGUAGAUACAGUGAUGAGGAGUUUUUCCAGAUUAGAUGCAAAGGAAACAAAGAGAUAUACUUUCAACAUUAUGGAAGAUUCAACAUUGACAAGAUAUGGCGGGACGACAUCUUACCUUGUCGUCUCUAUCUAAGACACUGUGUGUUGGCAGCUAAGAAUUUGGGAGAUGAAGCUUACAAUAACUUUCUGGAUCAUACCUUCUUGGGAGACCGAAGAACAACCAUAAGAGAGUAUUUAAGCAGCAAAGGUUCUGGGAUUAUGGAAGAAGAACCACCUGAGACACUCAAGUCCAGAUAUGGCGGUUGAUCAAACAGUUGACUUCUUCACCUAUUCUUCUUCUAUCAAACUCAAAAAAUAAAAAUAUAAACCGAUAGGUAUUUAUGUUUAAGGUUUGAUAUAAUAAAUAAACGUGAAAACUACACUAUUGUUUUUGGAUUGUAAACUUAAUCUGUCCCACA